AUGGCGGAGAUGCCUCGGGCGCCGCGCAAGCCGGAGCCACCGGUGUCGCGCCUCACGCGGCUCACCCUCAUGGCCGCCGACUUCGUCAUCGACGCCACCCGCCGCGCCGACGGCACGCUGAACCGCGGCGUGCUCUCGCUGCUCGACCCGCCCGUCCCGGCCGUCCCCUCCCCGUGGUGCGGCGUCGCCACCCGCGACGUCGUCGUCGACCGCGCCCUCCGCCUCCGCGCGCGCCUCUUCCUCCCGGCGGCGGCCGCCGCCGACGGGAGGCCGCUCCCCGUGAUCGUCUUCUUCCACGGCGGCGGGUUCGCGUUCUUCUCCGCGGCGUCGCUGGCCUUCGACGUGGCCUGCCGCAGUAUCGCGCGGUGCGCCUCCGCGGCGGUGCUCUCCGUGGACUACCGCCGCGCCCCCGAGCACCGCUUCCCGGCGCCCUACGAGGACGGGCUCGCGGCGCUGCAAUUCCUCGACGACCCGAAAAAGCACCCCGUCCCGCUCGACGUCUCCCGCUGCUUCCUCGCCGGCGACAGCGCCGGCGGCAACGUCGCCCACCACGUCACGCGCCGCUAUGCCGCGAACCCUUCGCUCUUCACGAACGUCCGCCUCGCCGGCCUCGUCGCCAUCCAGCCCUUCUUCGGCGGCGAGGAGAGGACGCCCUCCGAGCUCCGCCUCGACGGCGCCGCGCCCAUCGUGUCCAUCACCCGCACCGACUGGAUGUGGCGCGCGUUCCUGCCGCCCGGCGCCGACCGCACCCACGAGGCCGCCAACUUCGCGUCGCCGGCGGCCGCCGCGGGUCUCGACUCCCCGGCGUUCCCGCCGGUGCUGAUUGCCAUCGGCGGCUAUGACCCGCUGCAGGACUGGCAGCGGCGCUACGGCGAGAUGCUCAGGACCAGAGGCAAGGACGUGCGGGUGGUCGAGUACCCAGACGCCAUCCACGGGUUCUACACCAUUCCCAUGUUCGACGACGCGCGUGACCUGAUCAUACGCAUCGCCGAGUUCGUCGCCGAGAGCGGCGGUGGCCGCAGCCAGUGAACGGAGCUGCCGAGCCGGAGCAUUGAGGCGUUUGUUUGCAUUGAGCGAAGUACCACAUUGCUAUGAAG